GUAUUUAUCAUAUGGAAUGUUGAAAUUUUUAUCAGCUCUUGGAGUCUUCACGCUAUGGAUGGCAAGUUUGUCAUAUUUGCUGUGCUGUUAUCAAAUAUAUGGACAUUGUCUGAGGGGGACAUUUACGAGUCCGAGGCAUGGGAUCUGUGUACAGACACGCCUCCAACAGACGCCAAGUUAUGGCCAUCAAUUAGCAACGGUCACUUAGGGACCGUGGUUCAUAGCGACAGCGUCUACAUGAACGGCCUUUACAACGGCAAUGGAACUACGUCCACCCGCGCAAGAAUACCCGCCAUGACGUCAUUGAAAACGUUGAAUAUAGAUGGGACGCGUUUGAAUACAUCAUUUUGCUUGCAUAUGGAUACAGGAACUUACGAGGAGACAUACAGAACUGAUCACUGGAAAUUGACCAUAACCAUAUACGCCCAUCGUGUAGUGAGACGCGUACUUGUCACUGAAGUGUCCAUAGCAACGGAUGGUUACCAAGGGCAAUUUGUUGUUCCGCUUCAAAUAAACCAUGGCAACGAAAGCACAGAAAUCAGCUUUCUGAAAAUGACCAGCGAUAUACCAAAUGCAAGUUACAUGUACGGCAAAAUUAAUGAAGCGGAAACAUCCGAGUCAGGCCGAACGCCAGUACACGUGUACUCUACCAUCAUACCACCUAACAUUACCAUAGCGAGCGGACAGGCGCACAAAGAAACGCACGUGUUCCUGAUGUCCAUCAGCCCUGACCUUGCCGAUGCUAAUUCGGCGUAUAAAACAGCAAUCAACAUGCAUCUUGAUGGAACUCUGCAGACGUCACACGUCAGUGCAUGGCGUCAUGUAUGGGACGCCGGCCGAAUCGACGUCAACGGCAACGUGACGUUAGCGUCCACGGUGAACAGUGCCCUCUAUUACAUUAUCAGUUCCAUGCCCCUUACCCCAGACCCACUGUGGGAAUUCAACGGACUGUCCCCUGCUGAUCUCGCACAUAAUGGCUACAACGGCCACAUGUUCUGGGACCAGGACACGUGGAUGUACCCUCCUGUUCUGCAGAUGCACGCGGACCUCGGGGCGAUCCUCGUGCAGACGAGGCUGCGCACACUGAAUGCGUCAUACGAGUUUGCACGCCGCAACGGUUACAGCGGGGCCCAAUACGCUUGGGAGAGCGCAUUUACAGGUCUGGAUGUGACGCCAUGGCAGCCGGCCCAGGACUGGGAAAUCCACGUGACCGGUGACGUAUCACUGGCGUUUCAUCAGUACCUCAUGAUGACAGGCGACGUUGACAUGCUGAGAAAGUCGCGCCUUCAAGAGGCCAUCUUCGCGAUUGCAGAUUUCUGGAGGUCUCGAGCAACUUUAAAUGCAACCAGUAGGCUGUACGAAAUCCACGAGGUGAUGCCUCCGGACGAGUGGCACUACCCGGUAAACAACUCUGUGUACACAAACUACGUCGCGAAACAAGCACUGCUCUUACCCAUGUACGUGUGCAAGCUGAUCCAUUGUAAGGCCCCUCCCCAGUACGAGGAGGUGGCGACCAAGAUGUACCUACCCUAUGAUCCCGUCUUGAAGUAUCACCCAGAGUACGAUGGAUACACAACAAACGUGACCAUCAAGCAAGGGGACGCCAUCUUGCUCUCCUACCCACUACAGAUGCAGAUGUCCGACGAGGUCAGGUACAAUAACCUGGCUAUCUACGAAAAGACAACAGGAGCGGGGCCAGCUAUGACAUGGGGAAUGUUUGCCAUUGGUUGGCUGGAUGUUAACCAAUCAGCGAAAGCGGAGAAAUCCUUCUUUCAGCAGCUGGAUAACAAAUACGGACCUUUCAAUAUAUGGACAGAGGACGCAGACGGAGGUGGUGUAACGAACUUCAUCACGGGUCAGGGCGGGUACCUACAGUCAAUCAUCAACGGUUACGGAGGCAUACGCGUGUACGAGGACGAGUUGGCGGUCCACUGCCGUCCCAUCCCUGGAUCCAAGUCCAUGCAACUUGUCGGUAUAGACUACCGCGGUAACUCGGUCGACAUUUGGUGUGAUCGGUCAGUCACACGCGUAAACGUCGCCUCAAAAGGGCAACAACUCUUUCUGAGAACAGCCGACGGCAGGGAGCAGGUCCGUCUGAAUGAGGGUGUUGCCAUAGAAAUCGCUUCUCAGAAGAUGUUUAUGAGCACUCUACCAAUAAACCAAGCGAAUGCAAUUCACCACGGCGUUGAUACCCCGUUCGUGAUUGUAGGAUAAUUUACAUGUACACUUGAGACAAAGGUUUUAUACUGUUGUAGUAUGAAUAUAUGAUGGUACAACAGA